CCUGACGUUUUCUCUGGCAAAUUUGCAGUUAUUUAUUUAUUUUGCAUUUUGAAUUUUAAUCCAUAUGCUAUAGCUAAUGUAUAUGAAAUUCAGGACAGUUCAUUAGUUAGCCUAAUUUUAAGUUUUAUUUAUUUUUUAUUCCACUCAAUUCUCAAAAUGAUAAAUUUUUUGAAUUCAUCCCUGAUUCCAAAAGUUGUAUGUGAUAAAAGUGCAAUGGAUGGUUAUGAGGCGAAAAAUUUAAUAAGUGGAAAUUUUCUGGAGAGAGCCAAUGGAUUUUUGGCUUACACAACCAUUAAACCUCCAAUCGAGUUGGAUUUCGAGUUAAUUUGCCCUGUCGAUAUUCAUUACAUUCAGAUAAAAAGCUCUGUAGGUAAUCACAGAUCUACAGGACUCGAAAUUUUCGCAGAAUGUUCAGGUAGAUUUGUUUCUAUUGGGAAGUCAUUACAUGAUGAUGAAGAAGGAGUCGUGUUUCUAUCCAGCAGACAAUAUACAAAAGAAAAGUUACCAGAAAAUUUGCCACAAAAUUUUCGUAUCUGCUUUUUGAAAAGGGUUGGCAGACUGUUGCAUAAUGCUAAAAAAAUUAAAAUUAGAAUAAUAAGAUCAGGUAGAUUCGUACCUUGCUUGGGUUCAGUUGAAAUUUGGGGUAAAGUUGCUAGAAAUUGUUCUGAUGUAACUAAAGAAACUGUGCAGAAACUAUAUGAUAGAUCAAAAAUAGACUUCAAUCCCCUCAUCCCAGCUGAUAAAAUGUCUGAAAAUGUUUCUAAGGAAGGUGAUGGUAUACCUGAAGAUUUCAAAGAUGAUCUCACUUAUCAAUUGAUGACAAUUCCUAUGACUCUUCCUAGUGGUAAAACAAUAGACCAGAGUACUCUAGACAAACAUGUUGCAUUUGAAAAAGAUUUUGGUAGAAAACCAGGAGACCCUUUUACUGGACUUAAGUUUACAAGUACUUCAAAACCAAUACUAAAUAGUGCUUUGAAGUGUAGGAUAGACAUGUUUGUAUUGCAAAAUUCAUCAAAACCUGCUUUCUUCACUAUAGCUCGUACAGUAGGCCGAAAGGAAAAACCUCCAGUGAACAGAUGUGACAAUAAUGUGAAUAAAGUGAAAAAACUCAAGUUGGAUGAUGGUGAUGAAAUCAUUAUUGAUACAUCUAAAUUUAACUACAAACAAUUCAAAGAUAGUGAUCCUGAUUGUUGUUGUGAUUGUAAAAGUACAGAAAUGCUUUUUAGUUUACCAUGUAAACAUCUUUACUGUAGAAAAUGUUUAAAUGCAAUUUGUUAUGAUUUGAAAUGUAAAAACUGUAAUGAGCCUUUUUCCAGAAGUAAUGUAGAAAGGUUUCAUUCAUGAAUUUGUAUUUAUUAAUUCAUUGUAUUAUAGACAUAUUUUAUACAUUGUUUGUUUUGAUUUCACUUCAAAGGUUAUGAUAGUAAAUUAUUUUAACUACUGA